AUGGCCAACGACGUCAUAGCGACGACGGAGUUUUUCGACUCGUUGGUGCACGCUACAAUCAAGGAGCGCCAGCAGAAGGGCAUCUUCCGUCCCGACAUGCUGCAGCUGCUCAUGCAGGCGCGCGAGGGGCAGCUCAAGGCGGAGAAAGAAGAUGCGUCGGAAGCGGAGGAAAGCUUGCCGCCGGCUGGGGCAUGGAAACUGGUUGGAGAAAACCCCGCAAGUCAUAGGUUGGCGCCGGAUUUUGCCAGCCAGAGAGAGAAAAUCACUGCCCUCUGCCGCAGUUGA